UUUUCGUUUCUCGCCUUUGACAGAGGGGACGGACAACGCUCGCUGAAACUGAAACUCCUGAAAACUGACAACUUUUAUUUUCACGAAUCCGCUCACCCGAACAACAUUACCAGAUUGCAGCAAAAAGAUUUUUAUUUUAUCGGAGUUGGUAUGGUUGUCGCGCGUUCUUUUGUUUUAAUAUCGUUCGUUUUUUGUUUCGUCCACGCGGCGGAUGGGAUCAAGGAGCUUGUGGUUCGGUUGAAAGGCGGUCCUCUGGUUGCUCAGCUCUUGGCCAAAGAAAGUGGAUACUUCUAUAAGGGACCGGUAACAGGAUUUGACGACACCUUCAUCCUGAAACCCAUCCCAAAUGCCUACCCAACAUACAAUAAACGAGGAAAAACCAUAGAAAAACGUCUAUCCGACGACCAAAGGGUCGAAUGGGCAGAAGAACAGACUUCGAAGGAAAGACACAAAAGGGACUUCAUAGAGCCUGAAGAUGUGCCCCAUGAAAGGACGAAACGUAUUAGCAACAAUAAAAGAAAAAUAUACAAAAGACCUCCGCCACCUUUAGGUAAAAAUGAAAGGAUUUUUAACGAUGAAUUAUGGACACAAGAAUGGUAUCUACAAGAUACACGUACUAGACCUGACCUACCAAAACUGGACUUAAAUGUUCUUCCAGUUUACAAAUCUGGAAUAUCAGGAAAAGAUGUUAGAAUUAGUAUUUUGGAUGAUGGUAUAGAAUAUACCCAUGAUGAUUUAAUUGAUAAUUAUGAUCCUGACAUAAGCUAUGAUUGUAAUCAGGAAGAUUUAGAUCCAAUACCAAGAUAUGACGUUCAUAAAUCAAAUAGCCAUGGAACGAGGUGUGCUGGUGAGGUGGCUAUGACGGCUAAUAACAAAAUAUGCGGAGUGGGCAUUGCAUUUAAUUCGAAAAUAGGUGGAGUUAAAAUGUUGGAUGGUUUAGUGACAGAUAGAAUAGAAGGCACAGCUUUGGGCUACGCUCUAGAUUUAGUGGACAUUUAUAGCGCUUCCUGGGGGCCCAAAGAUGAUGGAAAAACAGUUGACGGUCCAGGUAGACUUGCAAAAGAAUCUUUGGAGAAAGGAAUCACAAUGGGUAGAAAUGGUAGAGGCUCCAUCUACGUUUGGGCAUCUGGAAAUGGCGGUAGCAAAGGUGACAAUUGCAACUGCGACGGUUACUUGGCGAGUAUUUUCACGAUCUCCAUUGGCAGCGCUUCACAAAAAGGCGAAUUUCCUUGGUACGGAGAAGAGUGCGCAUCCACGUUGGCUGUCACUUACUCUUCCGGCGCUUACAAAGACCAAAUGAUAGCAACUACUGAUUUAAAUAAUGAAUGCACCAUUAAACACACUGGGACAUCAGCUUCAGCUCCUUUGGCAGCUGGAAUAAUAGCAUUAGCUUUGGAAGUCAAUCCCAAUUUGACCUGGAGAGACGUGCAAUAUCUGGUUGUUUGGACAUCGGAACCGGCACCAGUAGUGGACAAUCCUGGUUGGCAGCUGAACGCAGCUGGUUUCUGGUUCAACACUAGAUUCGGUUUUGGGUUGAUGAACGCUUACGGAUUCGUCAAAGCGGCUGCUAACUGGACCAACGUACCUGAUAAGUCUUUAUGCUCUAUUAGGAGUAAUUUGGGAAGUAAUACCACAAUUUCUUAUGGAAACCCUUUAAAAAUAUUGAUUUUUACAACUGGUUGUCAAAAUACGGAUCAAGAAAUCAACUAUUUGGAACAUUUGCAGUUGAAAACUAAUAUAAACUACUCUGUACGAGGAGUUUUAGAUAUAACCAUAACUUCUCCAUCUGGUUCCACUAUCCAAGUACUGGCACCCAGAAAGUUUGAUAAAAGCAAAUCUGGUUUUCGCAACUGGACUUUCAUGUCUGUAAUGACGUGGGGCGAAAAAGUACAUGGAACAUGGAUUGUUACCAUAACAGAUAAUAUUGGUCCAGAAGGCAACAACGGAAAUAUCGGAGAAACUACUUUAACUUUACAUGGCACAAAAUACCUUCCAGAACAUAUGCGAAAUGGGCGAAGGAAUUAUGACCAUAAUUAUAACAGAGUUAACAGUCGCUUUCAUAAAAAGGACAUGAUAUCGGAAAAUUUGUAUUAUUCACCUAAUGAAGAUAAUUUAGUAUUUUAUGAUGAGUAUUUGGAAAAAUAAAAUGUUUCAUUUCAUCAUCAAACACAUACACAGCUAUGAAAUUUAAUAAAAUAUAUUUAUUAAAAAUGUUAAUGCAUGUUAGUCCAUAUAUGGUAUAUAUGUAAGUAUACCUAAAAAGUUGUUAUCUAUUUAAU